AUGUACGCGGCCGCCGCCGCCGCCUCGCCGCCCCGGCGCGACUUCAUCUCGGUGACUCUGAGUCCCGAGGAGGCGGUGGGCGCCGGCGGCUACAACAACAGCAAGGCCUGGAGGCGGCGCUCGUGCUGGCGGAAAUGGAAGCAGCUGUCUCGACUACAGCGGAGUGUGAUUCUCUUCCUGUUUGCCUUCCUCGCCGUCUGCGGAGUCAUUUCAUAUACAACCAUGGGAGAGACGUGGAAAAGUCUAACAAACAAAUCCCUGGACGAUCAGAGAGCAGAACCAGAAGUUCCUGGGCUAAAGUUGGCAAAUCCAGCUGUUUUACCAGCACCUCGCAAAGCAGAUGCCAAACUUGGAGACUACCCAGAGCUUUCACCUCAGAAGCAGCCAAAGUUGCCUCAUGUCCGCCGUGGUCCUCCUAAUCUUCAGAUCAGGCCACCACGGAGGGACGUGAGGCUGAAGACCCAACAGGAUACCAACAAAGUUUUAGAAGAACCAGUCCAGUCUGAUAAAGAAGAGAAAACAGAGAAAUCUGUUAUCAGCUGGAGAGGAGCAGUGAUAGAACCUGACCAAAGCACUGAACCUCCUUCUAGCAAAAUUAAGGAACCAGAAAAACCCUCAUCUAUGGAAGCUGACAACCAGAAAGAACCAGUGCCCAUAAAUGAGCGUCAGAUGGCUGUGAUCGAAGCAUUCCGCCAUGCCUGGAAAGGAUAUAAGGAUUUUGCCUGGGGACAUGAUGAGCUGAAGCCUUUGUCCAAGUCUUACAGCGAGUGGUUUGGACUUGGCCUUACUCUAAUUGAUGCUUUAGAUACCAUGUGGAUUUUAGGCUUGAAAGAAGAGUUUGAAGAAGCAAGAAAAUGGGUAGCAGAUGAGUUAGUGUUUGAUAAAAAUGUGGAUGUGAACCUCUUUGAGAGCACUAUUCGUAUCCUGGGGGGCUUGCUCAGCACCUACCAUCUCUCUGGAGACAGCCUCUUCCUGGAAAAAGCAAAAGACAUUGGGAACAGGCUUAUGCCAGCAUUCAACACACCCUCCAAGGUACCUUACUCCGAUGUGAACAUUGGCCGAGGCACAGCGCAUCCGCCRCGGUGGACGUCGGACAGCACCGUGGCAGAGGUGACCAGCAUUCARCUGGAGUUCAGGGAGCUCUCUCGGCUCACCGGAGAGGAGAAAUUCCAGAAAGCUGUAGAUGACGUAACGAAGCAUGUUCACACCCUCUCAGGGAAAAAUGAUGGACUAGUGCCUAUGUUCAUAAACACCAAUAGCGGGCAGUUCACUCACCUGGGUGUCUAUACUCUGGGAGCCAGAGCUGACAGCUACUAUGAGUAUUUGCUCAAGCAGUGGAUUCAGGGUGGGAAAAAAGAAAAUGAGCUGCUGGAAGACUAUGUGAGAGCCAUAGAAGGAGUGAAAAAGCAUCUUCUUCAGAGAUCACAACCUAAGAAGCUUACCUUCGUAGGAGAGCUUGCUCAUGGCCAUUUCAGUGCCAAGAUGGAUCAUCUGGUUUGCUUUUUGCCUGGUACUUUGGCGCUGGGAGCUCACAACGGAUUGACUGCCGAUCACAUGAAAUUGGCUGAAGCCUUGAUAGAAACCUGUCACCAGAUGUACGUGCAAGUUGAGACAGGCCUGAGCCCAGAGAUCGUGCACUUCAACCUUCAUGCACCAAAGGGCCACAAAGAUGUUGAAAUCAAGCCUGCAGACAGGCAUAACUUGCUGCGACCAGAAACUGUGGAAAGCCUUUUCUAUAUGUACAGAUUCACCGGAGAUAAGAAAUACCAAGACUGGGGCUGGGAAAUCUUGCAAAACUUCAAUAAGUAUACACGGGUUCCUACAGGUGGUUAUACUUCCAUUAACAACGUCCAGAAUCCCAGUAAUCCGGAGCCACGGGAUAAGAUGGAGAGCUUCUUCCUUGGGGAAACACUCAAAUACAUGUUUUUGCUGUUUUCAGAUGACAUAGACUUAAUCAACCUUGACAAAUAUGUAUUUAACACAGAAGCUCAUCCACUCCCAAUUUGGAUGCCAGCAUAGACAUAGUAUCAGUAGACCUUCCAGUGGUGGCGUCUUUAUCUCCAAGUCACUUUAAUUUUCAGGGUUUGAAGAGAGAUGCUGUAUUUGCACCUUUCCUGGCUUAAAAUGAACAAACAGAACCUUUAGAAGAGCAUCUCUGGUAGAGAGAAGUUUUGUCAGUCUUAAAUCUAUCCCCAGAGCUUUAGUUCAGGGAUGGACAAACUGUGCCAUGCUGAGCUGCUUUGCCUGGUAUUGAUCAUUAGGUCAAGAGAAGAAUUGUGAUGUGGACCAUGGCACUCACUGGGCUCUGGUGAACCUGAACUCACUAGUCAGUCUUACUAAAUGAUAAUUAAGUAAUAGGAAUGCAGCUAGCUGUCUUACAGCACAGGGUUGUUGCUGAAGAGAAGGAAUAAACCAAAAAAUUCCAAGUUUAUUCGGGCCAUACUGAAACACUUGGCUUAUGGCACCACUUCCGUGUAAGAACCUGUUUUAGACGGUAAGUGGAAUAACCAACGAACUGUACAGUUGUCCAAGGUAAAAGCAAAGGUGUCAGUGUUGUUACUGAUGCUCUGAUCUCAUUCCAGACUGUUGAGCUAYGCUGCGUUACGCUAGCAGGAGAAAGUUGCAGCAGAGCACUUGUUGUACAGUAUCUUAAUUUUCUAGAGCACUUUGAACAAUCUGUUCAAGCUGUGGCUGAAAUGAAUGGUGGAAAGUUGAAGAGAAAACUUGCUGCUGGUUUGGCUCAAAAUSGUAUAUAAUUUUGUAGAGGUAUUGCCUUUUUUUUUUUUUUUUAACUUAUCUGCAGGAAUGCAGGAGACAAUGUGAAACAAGUGAAACUACAUGUGUUUUAUAUAUGAUUUGCAUCAGUUAGACUCAGGUAUUCUGACUGAAAGCUGCUCUGUGAGGUUGGGCACUGGGUAAGCUUGUGAGCACAUUAGAUACAGUUCCAGCUCAAUCUCCUUCCAUCCCUUCCUGUCCAGAUCUUGCAUAUUAGCCUGUUGCUGGCUCAAAACAAGCUUAAAAUUGUACAGCAAAACUCAUGUCAUGCCUUCUCAUUUCUUGAGUGAGGAGAAAUUUUUAUUUCUUCUUACUUUUUAUUAGCAAUGCUUUGGGUGGAAGUAUUUUCAUCAGUAGUAUUCAAAGCAGAUGGAGUAAGUACAUUAUGGCAGUUCCUAGUCCCAGUAGAUCUAUUGAAGUCUAUUUAGUUGUUUGACAGGAAAACAGAACACAGGUCUGAAAGACUUUUACCAGAGCACCGGGGUCUUUCAUUUUCACAUGUGCAAAUAAGUUAAACCAUUGAUUUUGAAAUUGGCUUUCUAAAGUGCUUUUCCUUUUGGUUUUGUUAGCUACUUGAACCUCUCUGUAUUCAGAAAUAAGUUGUACAAAAUGUGCUUUUUUUUUCUCCAUAUUUUUAAAGAGGUUGUUCUCGACAAGAUGCUCCUCCAUCUCAUAUUUCUUCCUCCAUGGGAAGUCAUAGGCAGGUGCGUGGCAGUGAGAAUGAACUGCAGUCCCUCCUAAACCUGGGUCUACAAAACAGAAGUAAUAAAAAUCUGACUGUAACAAUUUCCAGUAGGUGUGGGGGUUGUGUGUGAGUUACAGUAUCUGUAACCUUUGUUUUGUUAAAUAAGCUACAUCUUAAUUUGUUUUAUGCUGAUUAGCCCUGUUUACUGGAGUUGGAAGUUACCUUUUGGACCACUUUUUAAGUCUUUAAAGGAAUAAUUGCCAUUCCAUUUACCAAUGAUGGCUCAUAGAAAUUGAGAAUUUUUACACACUAUUUACAUUUACUAUUUUUUGUAACUGAAGGGACCCUGGGCUUUGCAGAGCGCUCGUCUUCCUCCAGCUCAGACACCACAAGCAACCCUGGAAAUAGCUGAAGUUUCUCACUUAAGAGAGCAGCAACUGGAAUACAGUGCUCGCAGCUUGAGCAGCUCAGUUAUCAACUCACACUUUUAUUUUCUUUGAUGUAAAGAAAGAAGAUCCCGUUGAAACAUAAGAAAACAGUGAAGUUGUUUCUCCUUACUUCCGUGGAGCAGGGGGGUUACUGAGGAGCUGAGCUUUGCCUAUAAACUGCUGGGUUCAAAAGAGAGGUUAGAGCGUGGGGGGGAAUCAACUCAGAGAGACUGCUUUGGGAAUAAAAGAACGAGCAAUUAUCCAUCUGUGAAUGAAGAAAAGGGAAGAAUAAACCUGCACUUUCCAAAUGCAAUCCUUGUCUUUUACCUGAGCCUGCUGCUCUUGAUUUUUUUUUUCUUUUCUAAUUCAUCCUAGAAAACUGAAUUCUCUCUGCCAAACACAGCUUUAAUUCCCUCACCUUUUCAAUAUGAAAUGAUUAUGGUUUGAUUCUGGGGUUAGUGUUGAAAACAAAUGAUUGUUUUGGACUCCUGCUUCACAUGUGCAAUGCCAAGAACGUAGAUAAGCUGAUAAAAGCUCACCUGCUUCUCCCUGUUCUUCUGCCAAGCCCCUUUAACAAGGCUGGGCACAGCGGCAGAGCAGCCCCCAGCCRCAGAGGCUGGAAGUCUCAUGCUCUGGAGUUUGUCAGAGCUCGGAAAGAAAAAAAAUGCAUCUUUUUGCUCAGUGUAUAUUAGGGAGAUGGAAGAUCUAAGCAUCUAAUUAACUACUUGAGAACUGCAGCUUUGCUGCCAGGCUUGGAAACUGGGAUUUGUUUCUAGGCGCUCAGAGGGGCCUCUCCAUUUCUCACAUGAGUGUGUUAGCAGGUAAUGCUGGAAGUCUUGCUAAGCCCAAACACAGGUGUGUCGACUCUUUCAGAUACCCAACAGAAACCAUUUUGUUUCCGAUUCUGUUUCAGUACGGUGCUACAGUGAUGAGGGACUGCAGACAGAACAGUUUUUUCCAACUGAUAGGUUAGUGCUAUUGCUUUCCUGCUGUUCUUUAGAACUCUUUUCUUUGAUUUGCUUUCAGUUGUGCUCUGUCAGGAAUAAUCCUGCAUGCAAAGCAGCUCCAUAUUUCCAAAGCAACACACACRGUUUUCAGUGUGACAGGAUUGAUCUUCCCCUUUUCUUUCAAGUUCUGAGUGAGAGAUGUACGGCUAGAGGCAAUUUUAACUAGUUUGUGCAACGUUCCCAUCUUGGCCUUAUGCUGUCUGGUAUGUGAUAAAUAAUACACACAUCUCAGCAGAACUGUGGAUCUGAAAUUCUCGUGGGGGYUUCAUCCGUGGAUGGUGCUCCGUAUCACUUAUCAGCUGCUUACUUUCCUUCUGUGCUUUCCAGACGUGCAAGAGCUGGGGCUGUCCUCGUUGGGCCUUUCCCUCCAGCUCCAGCGUUCUCCACUUAGAUCCCACUCUUAACUUGCCCAAUGCUUCAAAGCUGUUUAUGGAAGCUUGCUGCACUCACUUCAGACAUCUCCAAUGGUUUCUGAUAAAGAGAUGCUCUCUUUAUCUAAUGGUUUUCAGCAUUGCACGUCUUUCAUCCGCAUGCAAGUCUGUUAUGCUUUGAAGCCCAUAUAUAUCUUUGUCUAUUUUGUUGUAGCAUCUGAAGGCCUUCAGUAUUCAUCCUUCUAUAUAAAGCAARCACUCCAUUUGUGUUUCUUAAGCUCACUACUCUAAGAAACUUAGACAAACUAGUCCUUUAGGAUGAGUAGUGUCUGUAAGAGAAUAACAGAUAUGUAGGCUUCCUUAAAUUCAUAGGAUUCAUAAGAGGCCUGAAGAACUYGCAUCCAUCUGGAAGAUCAAAGAAACCUUAAGCAGCUCUUCACUUCAAAGGCACAAAACAAGCCACUGUCCAAAGGUGGUAACUUGGAGAACACUUUCCAAGAGCCUCAUGCUGAACUUGGAUGCUUUAAUGCACUGUAAAUCUUGGGCAGAUUUUCACUGAACUUUGGUUUAAUUGGGGCAGCCUGCUUGCUAGGAGGGAUGUUAGAAAGGCAGUGUAAGCAAGAAGUAAUCCUUGUUGUCUGUAGAGAUGUUCACCAUCAUCAUCUUUUUCUCCCAGCAUGCUUGUCCUGAAAAAUUGCUAAAGAGAGUAGAUCUCAGUUCAGAAAAGACUUGGUUUUAGCACCUCAGUGAGGUUGCAAGUGGGAAUAUUGAGGCCAUAGUUACAACAAACCCAAAGCCUGGUGUCUAGGAUGAUGAGAAGGGACACUUAAGCUCUUAGCAGAAACGUUUAGGUUUCCUACAGCACAAAUGCAGAAGAUUCAAGUCUUACUGAGGAUUGUAGUUCCAUUAACAGUCUUAAAAUCUUUCUGCUUUCUGGGGUGCAUUUUGAUGAACUGGGUU